ACGACUGCGACAACAACAACAAAAUAAAAACAACAACAACAAAAGAACACUGCGGAUAAUUUUCAGGUUAAUUAACAUGGAAGAGCCAGACCCGAAGAAACUGAGACUUUCCAGUGACAUCUCACAGUCAACAGUCAAUCAGAGUGCGGAAACUCUAGAAUAUGAAUUGGACAUUGAUGGGAAUGAAGCUUUUGAUGGUGCUGGGAAAGAAAAUGGUGUUGGUAACAAAGGGCAUAUGCCAAGCACAGAACCAGACAUUUUUGACAAAGCAGGGCGAUCAAAUUGCUGGAAAAAUGAUGAUUAUAUGAAGAACUGUGAUUCACAUGGCGAAGAAGGCAGAAUCGAACAUAUUAACGGGUUUUCUACAGAAAGGGCUUCUCUGAUGAAAAUUGAAUCUGUGAAAAAAGAUGCUGUCACCAUAACAAAUGUGAUUCCAAAUGUUGAUUUGGUUGAUGUUUACAAAAAGAUACUGGCAAGGAGAAAUGUGAAGCAUAGGGUUGAUUUAGUUACUCUUGAACUCUUGGAAGGUGCAAGUGAACAGCAGGAUGCAAAUGCUAAUGCAAGCGAGGUGAUACAUAGUCCAAGUGAUGAAAUAUUCAAAGAUGUUGCAGAAAUCUUACUGAAAUUUCCAAAUGUUGAUCCAAGUUACAUUUAUGAUUUGUUGGAGAGGAAUGAAAGCAAAGAAAACAGGGUUGCAAUUGUUCUUGAUAAACUAGGGACCAGCUUAUCAGAGAAAGGUACCAAUGAUAUUUCACGAGACUAUACUCCUCCAUCCAGUGUGUCAGAAUCUUUAACAAGCAAUGAAAGCAAGAAAAGUGAUCCAUUUAGUGAUCCAGAGUUCAGAAAAAAUCCUUUGUAUAGAGAUUUGAGAACUUUACGUAAAGUUUUGCCUGCUGUGGACCCAAAUGAGCUAUAUGCAUACUUAGAGGCGCAUUUUGAUAAACCCAAUCGUGUCCAGAUUGUUAUUGAUGAACUCGCAAAGUCUGAUAGUCAGGAUUCUUUGCCAGUUGAGGACAAUCCAUCGUUGGAAGAUACUGAUAAAGGGAAGGCACCAAUGACAACUGAGGACAAGGUGCAAGCUGAUCUCAAAGGACUAAAAGAAAUAUUCAGGGAUUGUGACCCAAGUUUUCUUUAUGAAAAACUGGUCAUGCUGUAUAAUGACAGUGACAGAGUGGUGAAAAUUGCAUCAGAGUUAUUUGAGCGUAAAGACUAUCCAAAAAUAGAGGAAACUAAAGGCGUGAAAUCAGAUAAGAAACAUCCAAAGGAUGUUAAGUUUGACAUAAGAGAAUUUUUAGUUAAAUUUCCUGACCCAUUUAAUUAUUUUGAAAAUACAGAGAGGAUGGUUAGUGACAGCUACAAAGAACAUGCCCUGAUUUAUGUGAAGAACACGUUCCCCUUCCUGAAAGACGGCUUCUUGAAGAAGGUCCUCAACAGCCACAAAUACCAUCUUCUACCGGCAAUUACAGAGAUUGACACAGCAGUCAACGAUACUAUUUUUGACCACCAGUCCAAGAAGCGUCGAGCCACACCGAGAGAUCUGCAAGACUUCCCAGAUGUUGCAGAUGAACCGUUCUUUCAGGAAAUGCUCCUUUGCCAACACAAGCAGCAAGUGAAAGAUUACCUUCGUGAAAGACGUGAAAUGAGAGAAAAGCAACUCCAGGCUGCACGCGAGUCCAGAGAGCUGAUGGAGUGUGGUUGUUGUUAUGACGAUGAGUGUUUGUUUGAAGACAUGGCUGCCUGCGCUGAUGGGCACCUGUUCUGCAAGCAGUGUGUGGUCAGAUCCUCUGAGGCAGCAGUUGGGGAAGGCCGGGCAGUGUUCAAGUGUUUGACAGGUACCUGUGAGAGUGACUUCCCCCUGCACAUGCUUCAAGACAUACUGAAGCCCUCCCUGUUCUCGCUGGUCCUCCGUAAGCUGCAAGAGGAGGAGCUACGGCAGGCGGACAUUGCUGACCUUGUGUCGUGCCCAUUCUGCUCAUUUGCCACCAUCAUGCCCAACCAGGAGGACCGAGUGUUCAAGUGCUUGAACCCAGAGUGUCUCAGGGAAUCAUGCAGGCUGUGUAAGGAGCCAAACCAUGUUCCCUUGCGCUGUAAUGAAGUUGAGAAGCAAGGCGUAACCAACAUACGGACCUACAUUGAGACCAAAGUGUCCGAAGCCAUUCUCAGGACGUGCCCACACUGCAAGAAAAGGUUCUUGAAAGCCUCGGGCUGCAACAAGAUGACAUGUACGUGUGGAACCACAAUGUGCUAUGUCUGCCGGGAAGCUAAAAUAGACUAUCAACAUUUUGAUAAUAACCCAAGGUGUUCCAUUGACUCGGACAUUGGUGAGCUCCACAAACAGGAGAUGAUGACUGCUGCCCAGUUGGCCAAGACCCAGUACCUUGCUGACCACCCUGACCUUGACCCUGCUGGGCUUGACCUUGACCUUGAUCAGCUGGUCAUGAAAAUAUUAGGCAAUGGUGGAGUGGAAGAGAACAAAGAGAACAAUUAUGAAGAAGAUGACUACAAUUAUGAAGAAGAUGAUUACGAUGAUGAUGAAUACAUGUAAAACUCAAUAGUGCCCUAUUCUCUGUGUGUGUUAGAUUCAUUAAGACAAACCAUUUUCUGUCAUGAAUACAAUUAUUGAUAUAUUGUAAUGCCCCAAUUGUUAAACAAAUGUGCAGCUUUAUGAUUGGAUGUAUGCAUGUAUUGAUUAAUGUUUUAUUAUUGAAUUUUACACAUUUAUAAGGAAAUUAACAGAAUUAAAAUGUUUCUUUGUUCUGAAUUAAAGUACACAUAAUUUCAGGGAAGAAGUAUUUAGAUGAUAAGAAAUUAUGCCUGAAAUCUGAUGAGUUUGUAGUAAAUUAAUAUGAGCAUAGAACAUCGCUGUCCGCAAUUUUUAGUAGACCAAAAAACAGAAACAUGAUAUUUAAAGUUAACUAUUUUCACAAAAUUAAUCAAACUAUUUUUUGAUCAUAGACUUUUGAUUAGACUGGUGAUUUCUUUAUACUAAUACAUAUAUUUUUUAUUAAUUUUAUUUCGACAAUAGUGCAGAUAAUGCUUGUACAGAAAUUCUAUAGUUUCAACAGAUAUUAAUGAACAAUCAUACAUAUUGCUUGAAUAUCUAUUUUUUACCUUGUUGUAAUUGAUUUUAACUUUAAACCAUGAUAUUUGUUUUAAAACUUCAUAUUCUUGUUUUAAACAACGAUUUAUGAAGAAUACAUAAACAUACAUAAAGUACAUAUAAAUUUAUAAAAAUGAUACAAAAUUAUAUUUAAUACAUAUUCUUUGAUAAUAAUGGUUAUUGUUUCAAUUUGUUUUUUGUAUUUAUGAUUAUUGAUUGAAUUUGUUAUUUGUUUGGACGAUUAUAUUGUUUUAUGGACUGAUAUACAAUGUGAUUUUUAGCUGUGAUUUAAAUCUGUGAUUGUUUAAUGCCAUGGUCCUCUGUGAUAGCAAGAAAAGAUAAAAACGAUUUAUUGUGAA